AGCCAUGGGGUCAUUUAAAAGCCUGCUUCUCCACGCGUUUCUCACAUUGCCGGUAGAACGGAUUGAGCGAAAGCCAUGGCCGGGAGAGGCAAAGGACGGGGCGUCGCCGCCUUCACCUUCAACAUCGAUGCCCUGGGCAUCACCAGGGGGUCCAUGCCAGAGACGGCGCACGGACCCAGAGCGCUGUUCCCGGAUAUGGAGUACAAGCCUGUACCAUUAAAGACGGGGGAGGAGGAAGACUACAUGCUGGCUCUGAAACAGGAAAUGAGAGGAACCAUGAAACGUCUGCCCUACAACAUUCCACUUCUUCAGAAGAAGGCUGAUGUGGAGCGGUACAAGGAGAAAUACACACGGAGUAAGCAGACAGAGCUGGCAAGCGAUUGGACACCAGAUUGGACGCGACUGCCAAAGGAGUUGAUGCCACAGAAGAAGAAAGUAAAAAAGAAACCUGAAGUGAAGAAGAAACCCAAGAAAGAAACAAGCAAAGAAAAAGAGGAGCUGCUGACUAAGCUAGAUGAGCUAGAAAAGAAAGAUGGGGAACCUGAUGAAGAGGAAGAAGCCAAAAAAGAAAAGGGUGAGGAAGACGAGGAAGAAUUGGAGGGUGAGGAGUAUGAUGAAGAGGAGCUUGAAGAGGAGAAUGACUACAUUUCCAGCUACUUUGAUAAUGGAGAUGAUUUCGGUGCUGGCAGUGACGACAACAUGGAUGAAGCCACAUACUAGCCUGAAGCUACCUGCCCAUUUCUCAGAGUACACAUGCGACCAGUGGAGAGACUAAAGCCAAAUACUGAGUGAAUGUAGAUAUGUAAUUUUGUAUAUGUGCCAAGUUAUUUUUCUGUAAUGAUAAAUUAUGCAGGAGCUUGCUUCUCAUCAAAAUAAGUUAUUGUAUUAUUUCACAUGGACUCAUGUUGAGCAUGUCUGAGCACAUGGUUCAUCAAAGAAUUAAAACCCUGUAAAACUCUG